AUGGCGGCCAAGUUUUCCAUGGCCAACACCUCCGGGCUGUUCGACUCGGCGGCCCAUGUGGAGGCCUCGGACCGCAUGCAGGGCGCCAUGGAGGAGCUGAAGGUGAAAAACGAGCGGCAAGAGAAAAUCCGCGCGCAACAACUGGAGCAACAGGAGCGAGAGGACAAGCAGCGCGCGCGGCGGCUGGAGGAGGCGCUGGCGGCCAAGGCGGCGCAGCAGAAGGAGGACCGCUCCUAUGUGGGCCAGCAGCAGCAGGAGGACGAGCUGGACUCGGAUGACGAGGCCCUGCUGGACGAGCUGGACGAGGACCCGGAGCUGGAGCGGUUAGACACUUUCUUUAACCACAAGUUUAAACUAGUGCUAACCUUGUGUGUGUUUAAAGUUGCUAACUAG